GUUUACAAAGUUGUAUUCCAGCUAGGCGUUCUGGGCUGCUGCUGCUCUGAAUUUCUUCAGCCUAUUGUGUUAUCAUCCAGUUCCAGCUUCUGAUUUUUCUGUAAUAAUCACUGGGGCAGAUUAUGUCCAGUCUUUGCUAGAAUAAUCUGUGCCCUUAAUGUUUCUAAAACUAAGACUCUGGAACUGAAUACAUUCAGUAUUCCUCUUAAAACUUACUUUUUUUCAGGAGUAGAACCACAUUUCUACUGGCUGAGCUUCAAAGAAUGUACCCAGAGGAACAGUAUCUGGGUUUGUGAAUCUAUUUCUUUUAGGUGUUAUAAUUUCAAGAAAUGCUGUGAUCUAUUUGAAGAACAUAAUCCACAAAACUUUUGUCUUGUGAUAAUUUUUUAAAACUAGAAUGGCUUUGAAAAAAACACCUAAACUAUUCAAGAAAUUAUUUUUUCACUGGAAACUUUGGAAGUUUAGCAUUAUUGUGUUUGUCUUUCUGGUAUUUUUAUUUUUAUUACAAAAAGAAGUGGGUGUUCAAGAUUUUAAAGAAGAAGCAGGGAUUGAGCCAGUUGUUGGGAAGAAAAGUCAUGUGUUAGGUCUCAUGUUAAAUGCUAUGAACAAUAUCAAAGGUGCAAAGCCAAAAAUGCAGAUAAAAGCACCUGUUAGGCAAACUAAGAUUACUGGAGAGACACGCUGUUUGCCAGGACACUAUACUGCAGUGGAACUAAAACCCUUUCUAGAUCGACCCCUUCAGGAUCCUAAUGCUCCUGGAGCUUCUGGUAAAGCAUUUAAACCCAUCAACUUAAAUUCAGAAGAACAGAAAGAAAAACAGCGUGGAGAAGAAAAACAUUGUUUCAAUGCAUUUGCAAGUGAUAGGAUUUCUUUACACCGAGAUCUUGGACCAGACACUCGACCUCCUGAGUGUAUUGAACAAAAGUUCAAGCGUUGCCCGCCAUUGCCAACCACAAGUAUUAUAAUAGUUUUUCAUAAUGAAGCAUGGUCCACUCUGCUCAGAACUGUUCACAGUGUGAUGUACACAUCUCCUGCCAUACUGCUAAAGGAGAUUAUUUUGGUGGAUGAUGCCAGUGUAGAUGAAUACUUGCAUGAUAAACUAGAUGAAUAUGUGAAACAAUUUCAAAUAGUUAAAGUAGUCCGUCAAAAGGAGAGAAAGGGUCUAAUCACUGCACGGUUGUUGGGAGCUUCAGCAGCAACAGGAGAGACCCUCACCUUUCUGGAUGCUCACUGUGAAUGCUUUUAUGGCUGGUUAGAGCCAUUAUUGGCAAGAAUAGCUGAGAACCCUGUUGCUGUUGUAAGCCCUGAUAUUGCUUCUAUCGAUCUCAAUACUUUUGAAUUCAGUAAACCAUCUCCUUAUGGGCACAGCCACAACAGAGGAAAUUUUGACUGGAGUUUGUCAUUUGGAUGGGAGUCUCUUCCUAAACAUGAAAAUAAAAGAAAAGAUGAAACCUAUCCAAUUAGAACACCUACUUUUGCUGGAGGUCUCUUUUCAAUAUCAAAAGACUACUUUGAACACAUUGGAAGCUAUGAUGAAGAAAUGGAAAUAUGGGGAGGUGAAAAUAUAGAAAUGUCUUUCAGAGUAUGGCAAUGUGGUGGACAGUUGGAGAUCAUGCCUUGCUCUGUUGUUGGCCAUGUCUUUCGCAGCAAGAGUCCCCAUACUUUCCCAAAAGGUACUCAAGUGAUCACACGUAAUCAAGUCCGCCUUGCAGAAGUGUGGAUGGAUGAAUAUAAAGAAAUAUUUUACCGAAGAAACACAGAGGCAGCAAAAAUUGUGAAACAAAAAACAUUUGGAGACAUUUCAAAAAGACUUGAUUUAAGGCAGCGUCUGCAGUGUAAAAAUUUUACGUGGUAUCUCACUAAUGUUUAUCCAGAAGCAUAUGUGCCAGACCUGAAUCCAUUGUUUUCUGGAUAUUUAAAAAAUACAGGUAACCGCAUGUGUCUGGAUGUUGGUGAAAAUAACCACGGUGGCAAACCAUUGAUUAUGUAUUCUUGUCAUGGACUUGGAGGAAAUCAGUACUUUGAAUAUUCUGCACACCAUGAAAUUCGACAUAACAUUCAGAAGGAACUUUGUCUGCAUGCUUCUAAAGGACCUGUGCAUCUUCGCGAAUGUAACUACAAAGGCCGGAAAACCUUCGCUGUUGGAGAAGAGCAAUGGCUGCAUCAAAAGGAUCAAACUCUGUACAAUGCAGCACUACAUAUGUGCCUUACAGGAAACGGAGAGCAUCCGAGUUUGGCAUCCUGUAAUCCUUCAGACCCCUUCCAGAAGUGGAUCUUUGGCCAGAACAAUUAAGAUUUGAUAUUUAUAGGCCAGAAGCAUUUUUAUUAAAAGAAAAGAUCCAUUCUAAACUGUGAUCAUAUAUGUAUACUGCAUUUUUAAGUGAUGCAUACUUUAAAUGCAAAAUGUUUAAAGUUUCUUUUCCCUCUUACUUAAGUUGGAUGUAAAAUGUGUCAUCCGAGAUUCCCUAGGAGUCUGUUAUACCAAAGAUGAUUGAGAUCCAAAUUAAGAAAAAUGUUUACAAUAUUUCUAUGAUAAGACUUUAUAUAUUGACCACUGAUUCAUGGAUCCUAUAGUCCUCUUUCACCUUGGGGACCAUAUGUAUAUUGUUUUUCCACAUACUGUAAGUACUUCUGAAGACUAGUUUUCUCUGUAGAAUUAUGAGAAAUUAUUGUAUACUGUCUAAAAACCAAGACACUUUAUAUGUAUAUUUUUAUGCUCAAUUGGUUGACUAAUUUUUAUUUUUUUUUAAUCAUUUACUCACUGCACCUUUCUCAGUAUUUUUUAAGUUCAUUCACUUGAAAAAUUAAAUAUUUUACCUUCAGGUUAAAGCCAAGUAGGUUACCAUACAGUGCUCAGCUUCUAGCAAGUCAAUUCUUCUUUUGUAGAAGAAAAAAAUCAUUCUUACUGAAAUUUGUAUGUAUGAUUAUUUUAAUGGAAAAUCUGAUUAUUCUGACAUUAAUCUCCUUUUGUUAGCCAAAACUUUUUGUAUAGGUUUUCUAUAUUUCAUGAACUUUAAAAUUUAUUAUGAAGUUAUAUAGGAAUAGAUUUCCAAGCUGCUUAACAUUAACACGUUUUUUCAGCAUUUUGUUCAUUACUGCUUUUAAAUUACAUGUUAUCUACUAAACCCACUUUUUUGGCUAGCUUUUAGUGAUUUAUGCAAUGUUUAGCUAACAGGUUCCUAAUGUUAUCUGUACGUAAUUUCUUGUGCGAAUAUUUGCAUGUUCGUUUUUUUUUUUUCCUUGUUGUUGCUGUUUCCCCCUUUUUUUACAAAGGACUGACCUCAGUUUUAUCAGUCCAAGUGAGACCUUGGCCUUCCUAACUAUUCUGCUAGCCCUUUUAAUGAAAUAUUGUAUUCUUGUAAGCAUCCACAAGUAUACUUCAAUAGGUCAUGCAGAGCUAUGACUUCAUAAAUAGUCUUCCUUUGAUUAAGUAUUUAAAAACAUACAUAUAUAUUUCUUUGGUUAUUUUACUGGAUGCAUAGUUGUUAAACACCCUCCAGUUGGUCUUCCCUUGCAAACACCAAUCAUGCCCAUUUUCUGACUGUGAUUAUCUUAGGCCUUCACACAAGAAAUGUGCUCUUUAGGAACAGAGAUAUACGCUUACUUGAAAAUGUCUACUUCAGGGUAUGAAUGUGAGAUUAAUGACCAUCCGGCCCUUAAAGCAUCUAAGAUCACAUAAAAUUGCACUUUAAUAAGGCAAACUCUAUUUCAUAAUAAAAUUUUAUAUUCUUAUCUGGAGAAGAGUUAAUUGGUUUAUGCAAAUUAUGGAGGUUUAAAAAUAACCUUAAAUUUGCAUGUGUUAUGAUAUGGGAGGAAAACGGCUAUGAAAUUAAAAUAAUAAACUUCUAGGAAGGGAAGGAAGCAGCAGAAUAAAGACAAGGAAAAGACUUACUGUUGUCUAGAAGUGCCAGUGUUAUUAAGUAAGGAUGGGAAACAUCAAAGGUAGAAAGGUACUUAGACUUUGCAUCUUGUUGAAAGAAUUGUGUUGAACAUCUAUAGUAUCUAUUCAAAUGGAAGAAAAUAGGAGAUAUAAUAGCAACCAGCUUAGUAAUGAACUCUUUAAUCAUCUGAAUCUCAAGAAAGGUGCACAUAACAGUGGAAAGUUGAGCAAUAAGAUCAGGUGUAGUUAGAUGCAGCUAGUAACUGUAUUUUAGGAAAUGCUUAGUAUUUCCUUUAAGUACUGUACUCAUAAGAGGAGGGUGAUUAAGGAAAAUUUCAUGGCUGCCAAAAGAAAAUAAAAUUCAAAUUUUUAAAGUGAAGAUAAAGAAAAAUAUUUGGCUGUAUGAUCAAAAAUAAAGCUGAGAAUAGAUUUGAAGGGCUGGGUAUUAAAGAUUGAAUAGGACAAAAUACACUAAUAUUAAAUUUGUCCUUUUGUCCUGGUAAAUAAACAAUAUAAUUACAUAUAAAUAGUAUUUAUCUGUAGAGUCUGGUGGAUGGGUGGAUGACAAUGUAGGGUUUUUUCAUUUCUAACAGGGGAGGGAACAUAUAUCUGGUUAAUUUAACAGUAUCUGACUAAUGAAUUCAGCUUCUGAAGAAAAGCAAGAAGAAAUCCUUUCAGUAGUUCUAAGUCAUCUAAAAGACAACAAGUGAAUAAGCAAGGACCAGCAAGAAUUUGUCAGAGCAUUAAUUUAAGCUAAUUUCUUUUUCUGGUUUGAUAAUCAUGCCUUUGAGUCAUGUCUUGGCUUCUGUAAGGCUUUUGUUGAUACCUGUGAGAAUAUCCUGUGAAGUUAAAGCCAUAUGACUUAAAAUAACUUGCUACAGUGUGGACAUAAACUGUUAAAAAGACUGUACUGGGAAGGGUUAUUAAUGCCACAUGAAACUGGAAGGCUGUAUUGAAUGGCAUUGCACCAAGAUCUGCCUGUGCCCUCUGAUAAAUAUUUCCAUAAUUCAGUAAUGGAAUACAAAGUAUUCUUAUUACUUUCACAGAUCAAACCAAUAUUGGAAGGGCAACAAAUGCUCUUGACAAACUGGAGAAGGAGUUGAGGAAAAAUAGGAUGCAGGUCAAUGAGAAAAUUGUUCAACAAAUAUGAAUAGAGGAUGGGACAUUACGUAAGACAGCAGCUGUGCUGUGUUGAUCCCCAGGUAUGAAAUGGAAACUGAGUGUUCAGGGAACCUGUUCUAGAAGACAAGGUAUUUAGCAUAACUGUUUAAAAGGACCUGAGUUCUUUAAGUUCCUAGUUCGUGUUAUACAGCAAAUGUAUUAUAUUAUUUUUAAUACCACUAAAGGGUAAUUUCUUCAUGCAACCUGUUUCUCUUACAAACUUGUUAGAUUGGAAUUUGUAUAUAUGAAACAUCAUUUAUCUACUCAUCACCCACUUUUCUUUUUAGAGGUAACAUUCCAAACCCGGAUAGAAUUUAAAUUGCAAGGAAACAAGUGUUCUGUUGAACUUGGAGUUAGGAAUCUUUUCAUGAGCAGUGCUAGAGGAGCUCCACUUCAUCUUUUUUGUUUUUGUAGUUGGUAAUCUAAGACCAUAUUAUAGCAGAUAUAGCAAUAUAUGUACUUGUCACUCUGUUUUCUACAAAGAUUAGGUAUAGCAGGUCACCUGAUUAUUAUAUUUUGUGUUCAGUUCUAGCUGUGGAACGGGAAAACUUAUUCUGUGAUUUAAAAUCCUCUUUAAGAUUUUCCUUUCAUUUUUUGAGACUUCUUUUCUGGCAUAACAUAGGUCAAUAGUCAAAAAUUCAUAAUACACUUUAGUGUAGGUUUUUUAACCAUUGCUACUUUUGGAAACACUCUAAUUUUUUUUUUUUUUUUCCAAAUGCUUACUAUCUGUUCUUUAAACUAUGAGUGACAUUUUAGUCUGUAUUUUUGCAGUACUUAUUACAACAGCAAUUGAGUUUACUUGGACUCCCUACUACCUACCAGAAAAGAGCGAAGCAGAUCUAUAAACAGAGGAAGACAUUAAGUGACUUUUUUUGUUCUAUUCUGUUUGAACAUCUGAAAUUAACUUCUGUGUCUACAUUGAGUAUUGCACUUCCAAAUAUGCAUAUAUAUGUGUGUAUACAUAUAGAUAUCAUACAAUUUUAGAAGAUCAAUAGGAGAUCUGUAAAUAUGAUUGGAGGUUUAGAAAAGACUUUUUUUAAAAGUUAAUUACAUUUUUCAAAAGUAAUAACAAAGCAGCAGUAAGAAAAAUUGCAAGCAGUUCAAGUAUUAGUUAUUAUGCAUCUUCUCUGUGCUUUUCUAGCAUCAGUCUUCAAUCUUUCCUGAAAACUAAACUAUUUUACAGGGUUUUUUUAGAGGGCAGGAGCAGAUGUUCUCCUUGGCAUAACUUAUUCCUCCAGCAUGAUUCUCUUGAGUAAUUAUAGUAUGUUCUACAGUGCAGUACUAACUUUUCUGUACUUUAUGUUUUGCUGUAUAUAUUUCUUUAAAUAUGUUGAAUUACUGUAACUGAGAAGUACAUGAAACUGAAAGAACUUGUGGAAACUACUUUCCUCUUAAAGAAUAAUCUCCCACAUUUUUUGAAUUAGCCUGAUAUAAUCUUAUGCAUCUGAUCAAGACUAUAAUAUUAGAUUGAGAUGUA